AUGGUGGAUACAGUUGUUGAAAACAAAAAACGUAAGCGAUCUCACGCUGAUAAAAGAGCCAACAAAAAGAAGCAAGAAGUUGCUAAAGGUGAAGCUAAGCCUGUGCCUGAAGAACCUGUUCAAACAGAAGAACCCAAAGAAGAAGUCGACCUUCGCUUUGAAAUUCUCGAAUGCCAUGAAGAUACAAAGAAGGCCAUCAAAGAUAUGGGCUUUACUCAAAUGACAGAAGUUCAAGCAAAGACCAUUCCUCCUCUUUUGGAAGGUCGUGAUGUCUUGGGUGCUGCCAAGACAGGUUCAGGCAAGACAGUAGCAUUCAUGAUCCCUGCUAUUGAACUCUUGCUUCGUCACAAAUUCAAGGCUAGAAAUGGCACAGGUGUUAUCAUUGUUUCUCCUACCCGUGAAUUAGCCAUUCAAAUCUAUGGUGUCGCUGAAGAAUUGUGUAAAUACCAUCCACAUAUCACCCAUGGUAUUGUCAUCGGUGGUGCCAAUAGAAAAGUAGAGGCCGAUAAGUUAGUGAAGGGAAUCAAUCUUUUAGUCGCCACACCUGGUAGACUCUUGGAUCAUUUACAAAACACAAAAGGGUUCAUUUCCAAAAACCUCAAGACGCUCGUCAUUGAUGAAGCUGAUCGUAUUUUGGACAUUGGGUUUGAAGAAGAAAUGAAACAAAUUGUUAGAAUUUUGCCUAAGGAUCGUCAAACCAUGCUUUUCUCUGCAACACAAACCACUAAAGUCUCUGAUCUUGCCCGUGUCUCACUUAAAGAACAACCUCUUUACAUCAAUGUGGAUGAAAAGAAAGAAACAUCAACAGCAGAAGGAUUAGAACAAGGAUUUGUUAUUGUUGAAGCAGAUCAACGCUUCUUGCUCUUAUUUACCUUUUUGCGCAAAAACCAAAAGAAAAAAGUCAUUGUGUUCUUCUCUAGCUGUAAUGCAGUCAAAUACUAUGCCGAACUAUUGAACUAUAUUGAUUUGCCAGUCAUGGAAUUACACGGCCGUCAAAAGCAACAGAAGCGUACUGAUACUUUCUUUGAAUUUUCAAAGGCUGAAAAGGGUAUUUUAUUGUGCACAGAUGUAGCAGCAAGAGGAUUAGAUAUUCCUGCUGUUGAUUGGAUUGUCCAGUUUGAUCCUGCAGAUGACACCCGCGACUAUAUUCAUCGCGUAGGCAGAACUGCUCGUGCUGGUGGCAAGGGUAAGAGUUUAUUGUUCUUACUACCAAGCGAAACUGGUUACUUGAAGCUUUUGAAAGAAGCCAAAGUGCCAUUAAAUGAAUACCAAUUCCCCACCAAGAAAAUUACCAAUGUACAAAGCCAACUUGAACAACUGAUUGAAAAGAACUUUUAUUUAAACCAAUCUGCCCGUGAUGCCUUUAGAUCUUAUUUGCAAUCCUACGCUACAUAUCACAACAAAAAGAUCUUUGAUGUUGAUAGUCUUGAUCUUGCUAAAAUUGCUAAAUCAUUUGGCUUCAAAGUACCUCCCAAGAUCAACUUGGCUAUUUCUAGUUCUAAAUAA